AUCGAAGCGAAGGAGGCUUGCGAUUGGCUGAGAGCGGCCGGCUUCCCCCAGUACGUGCAAUUAUACAAAGGUAAAUAUCAAAUAGUAAUCCUCUCAAGCCAUCAAGCACAAUCUAUUACAGUACACACCACAUCCACAUGUUUGCUCAUCCAUAACAAGCAGUGUCAUAUCACACUUUCAUUUGCCUUGUUUGCCUCUCAGAUUGCAGGUUCCCCAUUGAUAUAGACUGGGUAAAGAGUGAUCACAGUUUUCUGGAUAAGGAUGCACUUGAUUCACUCUGCAGGUGAGUAGCUGGACUUUACAUCCACUCUCUCCUUGUUCUACUGAUGAAGUGUGUGCAGUGCUGGAAGACUUCAUUGGGCUGGGGAAAGAGAGAGAGAGGAGAAAGAAAGAAAGAGAGAGAGAGAUUGGAGAGAGAAAGACAGAGAGAGUGUGUGUGUGUGUGUGUGUGUGUGUGUGUGUAUGGGUGCGUUUGUGUGUUUGUGCGUGUGUUUAGGAGUGGGUCCCAUGCUGCUGUGUUUGUUUAACCACCAUGCUUCUCCUCUGCUUACAGGAGAUUAAGCACUUUAAACAAAUGUGUGGAGCUGAGGUUGGAGCUGGGCAGAUCAAAGAGACGGGUGAGUGAGAGUGAACGCCGUGGAACACCAACAUGGCAGCUCUGUCAGAGACACAGCAGUAACCAGAGGAAAAGCUCCUAGUUAGCAUUUAACACUUCGAUUUCCACUGAUAUCGAUGGCUAGAUAGAUAGCUCCACCUACCUCCAAAACCCCUCAAAACUUAAAUAGUCUUUGUUUGAGAAAGUGCAGAGAAGAAUUAGGGUGAAAAAACUCAUCUAAAAUUAAUCAUGUUGCAUAAUAAUGUUCUACUUAAAGGCCCAGUGCAGUCAAAAACUAGAUUUACCUGUCUUUUAUAUACAUUUCCACACUAUGAGGUUGGAAUAGUACUGUGAACUUGUGAAAAUGAUGAUAAUACCCUUAGUGUAAGAGCUGCCUGAAAUUUUAGCCUGUUUUGGUGGGAUUGAGUUUUGGCCUUCCAUGUUGACAUCACCAUGCGGUAAAUUAGUUCAUAGACCAAUAAGAGAGUUCCUAACCUCUCUGCCAUUAACCUCUCCUCCCCACUCAGACCACUCCCAGACAGUACAAGCAACAUUUUUGCUUGAGAAAUUGCUCUUUGCUAAGAAGCUAUUCUUUACAGUGGGGAAAAAAAGUAUUUAGUCAGCCACCAAUUGUGCAAGUUCUCCCACUUAAAAAGAUGAGAGAGGCCUGUAAUUUUCAUCAUAGGUACACGUCAACUAUGACAGACAAAAUGAGAAAAAAAAUCCAGAAAAUCACAUUGUAGGAUUUUUAAUGAAUUUAUUUGCAAAUUAUGGUGGAAAAUAAGUAUUUGGUCAAUAACAAAAGUUUCUCAAUACUUUGUUAUAUACCCUUUGUUGGCAAUGACACAGGUCAAACGUUUACUGUAAGUCUUCACAAGGUUUUCACACACUGUUGCUGGUAUUUUGGCCUAUUCCUCCAUGCAGAUCUCCUCUAGAGCAGUGAUGUUUUGGGGCUGUCGCUGGGCAACACGGACUUUCAACUCCCUCCAAAGAUUUUCUAUGGGGUUGAGAUCUGGAGACUGGCUAGGCCACUCCAGGACCUUGAAAUGCUUCUUACGAAGCCACUCCUUCAUUGCCCGGGCGGUGUGUUUGGGAUCAUUGUCAUGCUGAAAGACCCAGCCACGUUUCAUCUUCAAUGCCCUUGCUGAUGGAAGGAGGUUUUCACUCAAAAUCUCACGAUACAUGGCCCCAUUCAUUCUUUCCUUUACACGGAUCAGUCGUCCUGGUCCCUUUGCAGAAAAACAGCCCCAAAGCAUGAUGUUUCCACCCCCAUGCUUCACAGUAGGUAUGGUGUUCUUUGGAUGCAACUCAGCAUUCUUUGUCCUCCAAACACGACGAGUUGAGUUUUUACCAAAAAGUUAUAUUUUGGUUUCAUCUGACCAUAUGACAUUCUCCCAAUCCUCUUCUGGAUCAUCCAAAUGCACUCUAGCAAACUUCAGACGGGCCUGGACAUGUACUGGCUUAAGCAGGGGGACACGUCUUGCACUGCAGGAUUUGAGUCCCUGGCGGCAUAGUGUGUUACUGAUGGUAGGCUUUGUUACUUUGGUCCCAGCUCUCUGCAGGUCAUUCACUAGGUCCCCCCGUGUGGUUCUGGGAUUUUUGCUCACCGUUCUUGUGAUCAUUUUGACCCCACGGGGUGAGAUCUUGCGUGGAGCCCCAGAUCGAGGGAGAUUAUCAGUGGUCUUGUAUGUCUUCCAUUUCCUAAUAAUUGCUCCCACAGUUGAUUUCUUCAAACCAAGCUGCUUACCUAUUGCAGAUUCAGUCUUCCCAGCCUGGUGCAGGUCUACAAUUUUGUUUCUGGUGUCCUUUGACAGCUCUUUGGUCUUGGCCAUAGUGGAGUUUGGAGUGUGACUGUUUGAGGUUGUGGACAGGUGUCUUUUAUACUGAUAACAAGUUCAAACAGGUCUGUGAGAGCCAGAAAUCUUGCUUGUUUGUAGGUGACAGAAAUACUUAUUUUCCACCAUAAUUUGCAAAUAAAUUCAUUAAAAAUCCUACAAUGUGAUUUUCUGGAUUUUGUUUUCUCAAUUUGUCUGUCAUAGUUGACGUGUACCUAUGAUGAAAAUUACAGGCCUCUCUCAUCUUUUUAAGUGGGAGAACUUGCACAAUUGGUGGCUGACUAAAUACAUUUUUUCCCCACUGUAUAUUUUUUGACCAUUUUAAUUGAAAACAAUCACAUUUAGGUACUCAUUGUUACCCUGAAAUUAUUUGACUUUGAGAUAAAAACGUCUACAUUGGACCUUUAAUGUUCUCAGAGACUAGUUAUUUCAGAAUGUAGUUCUCUUUGUGGAAGAUAAUAAAGAAGGAAAAUAUAUUUAAAAAAUAUUUAAAAUGAUAUAUAUAUUUACAAAAAUAUAUAUGGGGGAUUGGAAAUUAUGCAGACAAUUACAUUGAUAGAAGCCUAAAUCUAUCUGCAAUAUUAAAGCUGAUCUACCCCCUAAAAAAAAAAAAAACAUGGCUCAUACAGUACCUUGAUUGUCUUCUUGUAAUUCUUAGUGGGAGGAGUCAGAGGAUGAGGAUCCCUGUGCCAUCAGCACCAAAUGGGCCUAUGAGAGGCGGACGAGGCGCUGGCAUCGCCUAGAGGGGAUGGGCUUCCUGUGUUCACCGGACAGCCAUGAUAUGUCCCCGUGUGAAGCCAACGACCGCCACGAGGUCUGCUCCCUCCACAGCACCAGCAGCACCGAGAGCGAGGGCCGUGAGGGCCCCAAGACUGCCACUGACGACCAAGAGACCAGCAGGAGCUCGUCUCGCUGCUCUUCCACCAACAAGACCAUGUCUCUGGACACGUCGUUCAGCGGGCCCCCCUCCCCAGGGGGCGAGAUGCCCAGCUUCAGCAGUGCUGAGGAGUGCUUCCCGGACAAGCCCCCCAGGAAGAAGGGCCCCAGUCUGCUGAGGAAGAUAGAGAAGCUGCGUCUGAGGGGCACGUCCACCCUCUGCUCCCCAGGCCACAGUGGCCACAGCAGGACCAGGCUGGUCAUCUCUGGCCCCGUGCUCCAGGAGGGUCUGGAUGUCGAGCACAGGCUGAGACGGCUGCAGUGCCUGGACAUCCCCACCCUGCAGGACAGGGAUAGGGGCCGGCCGGGCAGCCAGGCCUCCUCCUCCUCACCAUCCUCCCCCCACUCAGGCAGCAGCAGCCCAAGCCCAUCGGAGAGCAGCAGUACUGUCAGCACCCCCAGCCCCAUCAGCAAGGUACGCAGCAACUGCAAACGAACCGGCGGGGUCCGAGAACAGCUCCAGGGGGGUCUCCAAAGAGGCCCGGUCAGAGAGCUCCAGGACUACAAGAACGAGAGGAAUAACCACGAGAGCCUGGUCUUCCAGAUUCCCCAGGGGCACAAGCCAGGAACGUUCCCCACACCCCUCACCCACAACAAUGUUCUGUUGCCCAUUGACAACACCUCCGUCAACUGGAGGACUGGGAGCUUCCAUGGGUACCGCGGGCGACGGAGCAGGGGGAGCGCAGCGGCCAAGGACCAGGAUUCCACCUGCUGCAGCCCCCCAGCCUCAUUGGACCACCGGGCCAGUAUCUAUGACAACGUGCCAAUAGGCCAGGUGAUUGGCCAGGAGGUGGAGCAUCACAGGGUGGCGGACACAGGGGAUAUCAGCGAAAACAAUGAUGUGUUCUCUGCGCUGGACAGCGUGAUGGAGCGUAUCAGCGGCCUGCAGCAACUCGUCAACACCUGGACGGACAAACUGUCAGAGGACGAGGACUCUGACUCUAACCGCGGCUCCACCCCCUCUCCCUGCCCCUCCUCCUCCUCCAACCACAUCUACCUGGAGAUCAAGGAGGCUGAGGAGCUGGGGCCGGGAGCCGUAGAGGGGGAGGGCGAUGUAGAUGGUAACAGGGAGAGCCUAGAAAAAGAGUCUGUGGAUGGAGAUGACACCGAGGCCCAGUCACUACCACGCAAUAUCAGGUGAGAACAGGCUGGGGAGAGAAUGACAGCUGGCCUGAGCGCUCAUUAAGAAGGCAUAUUGGAAGCUUAUUACUCAUACACACAGAUCCAUUACUUAUGUCAUUGUAUCAUUGAGUAUAAAAAUGAAAAUAGGUUUUGAAAAAAGUCAUAUUGUAAUUGCAUGAACUCUAUCACUGAACACAUUUUUGUUCUGUUGUGUCUGUUCUACAGACGGAGCCAGCACCACUGGUCAAGCGAGCAGAGCCUUCCCUCAGUGACCCCCAGCAGCCCAGGGGUUGAGGCCCAGCCUGUCUCUCACCUCCACCUGCUGCAGAAGCUCUCUCUGCUUAAACUCACCGCUCUCAUGGACAAGUACUCCCCCUCCAGCAAGCAGGGCUGGAACUGGUAAGGAAUGGGAGGGAGAAGUGAAGAGGGGGGAGAGGGAGGGGGGAGAGGGAGAGGAGAGAUGGGAGGGUAUGGGUAAGGUAGAGGUGAGGGAGAGAAAAGGAGGGGUUGGCCAGAAGAAUCAGGGGAAAGUGGAAGUGCGAUGGAUGCAGCAUGUUUAGAGGGUCAUUCACUAUUUAUGUGAAGUUGCAACCUUGCCUCUCACAAGACAAAACACAGGAUGCUUUCAGAGCAAUAACCCCCCCCCCCCAAAAAAAAAAGGAUAUACAAUUUGUUCAGCAUCUGAAAAAGCCGGCAUGACAAUUCCUGGGGAAAUUAUAGACAGGUUCUCUUCGUUUCUUUUGGAUAAGGUCUGUAGAUGGGUAAUAUUUGAUAUGUAUAUUAUAUUUUAUGUAUAUUAUUUAUAUAUACCACACAUGCGACCUGUGAUAAGACUAUGUAAUUUGUAUGUUAACAAAGUCUAUUAACUGAAUAUCUGACUCCAUAAAGAUGAUUUAGCAAUAUGCAAGAGACCAUAGUUGAGUUACAGUAAUAGAAAGGUCAAGACAGGUUUGAGAAUGGAAUUCUAAAUGCAGGUUUAUUUAAUUAACAUUGUAAAAUUUAUGGUUUCACAUACAAGCCAUAAAGCUUAAGUUACAUAGCAUUAACAAGCAUUACAAGAAAUUAUUCCAGGCAUGAUCAGAGAGGGAGAGAGAGAAAGAAGUCACAGCCUGAAAGGCUACGCCCCAAAAAGUCCCUGGGGUGGAGAGAGAAAGAGAGAGAGUGCAUCUCACCAGCACAGGUCAGGAACAAAGACGAGAAAGAACAAUGAUUCUAAGACCCUUUUAUAACAUCUGAGUUGUUUGGAUUCAAAAACACAGCCUUGGCUGUGUUUUUGCUGGUGACCAGCCUUCGCUGUGUUUUGGAAACUAGUGACCAGCAUACCAGCAUGUGUUUUGGACGGUGGUGACCAGCAUAAACUGGUCACCAGCGUACCAGCAUAUGCUGGUCUCCAGAAAAACCAGCAUCAAGGGGAUUAAAUAUUUAAGACAGUACAUUACAUAUAUCAUAAGGCCUUACUUUGAGGACAUCGUUUUCCCCUAAUACAGUGGUAAAAUCAGGCCUGAAAGUCACAUUAUACUGGCUUGCAAAGUGAUGUUUAAUUCCUAUUGUAAUCCAGCCAGAGUGGGGAUAUCCAACAAUUGGAACUUUUACUCACCCACAAUCUGCAUUCAGAAUGACUGCCAGGGUUAGAAUGAUGAAUAAAUGAGACUACCUAAACCAUCUAAAUUAGAACAACGAUGUCAGUAACGGGUGAAAUAAGUCCAAAUAACAGAUUGGAUUAGUUUAGAAAAAUGUAUGUUAUUUAUCUUUAUGUAGCAUAAGAUUAAUGAAUCAAUCAAUGUACAUGCAAAAACACAAAACACAAAAAAAUAAACAUUCUAACUGCAAUAGAGUUCUAAAAAUCUAACUGCAAUAGAGCAUGCUGGGGAGUAUGGUAAUGAUGGGCGUGGUUUUACAAGACUAGCUAGCUAGACCAUUCUGGACCAGCAUAGAUCAGCAUGGACCAGCUUGGUCACCAGCACACCAGCAUCACCAGCAUAAACUGGUCACCAGCAUACCAGCUUGACCAGCUGGUCAGCCAGCCUAACCAGCUAGCCCAUGCAGGUCAGAUCAACAUGGACCAGCAUACACCAGCAUGGACCAGCUUGGAAUUUAGGCUGGUCCAUGCUGGGUUUUUUUAAGCAGGGUAGGUACACUCCCAUCUAGCUCUUGGAGGGGUGUGUCUAGUUACAUUUCUGGCAUUGGCCAGGCCUCAAUAGAGCCCCACAGUGGAGUUGUCAUAAUACCAAUAAAACCUAGCGGUCAAACAGGGAAAUGGUUCCAAUCAUUGAUAAAAGUCACCUUGUCCUAGAGAGGUUUACAUGGUUAUCAAAACGUCAUGCCAGGGUAAGCCUACACGAAACACAGCCCUUAUUUGAAGUGUUUCCCCCCAAAAAAUGAAUGGUGGAAAAACGAUUGGAACCAUUUCACUAUUUCACCUCUAGGUGUUAUGAGUAUUUUGUCUCCAACUGUGGUACUCUAUGUGUUUUAAAGGGUUAAAGGGAGCUUGGAUCCAAACCGAUUCUACUUUCUGACAAAACAUCUGUUUACAUUCCCAAACAAAGGGCUCUAUUCAAUCCGUAUCACGGAAGCUCAGCGUUACAGUGUGAUUUGAAAUUUAAAGGCAAUGUUCCCGCAUUAGCAGAGACUGCAUUCACGGUCAACGCUGCAUAUGUCGGCUCAAUCGGAAAUUAUCUUAACAUUUAUAUCGCGCAAUCUAUAACACUUCAGCGAUACAGAUUGAAUAGAGCCCAAAGUUUUCCUGCAUUUUUAGGAACAUUUCAUCUCGACGGUUGACGGCAGUGACCUCAAAUAGCAUUACAUGCGAUGAUGUAUGACAACUCAGCACAUCCCAAUCAGUUUUGUCAGAAUUAGUUAUUACUUUUCAUUGUUUGUAGCUAUUUCCUCACCAAUGUUUCGAAACCUGAUCUCCAAAACUUGGUUACCCCACUAAUAAAGUGUUUGACAUUAUUCCUUUGUGUAGCCAACUGGAGGAAAAGUGAUUGCUUAAGGCAAGAGGACAGGGUAAUUGACUUUUUGAGAGCAGAGUAAUUGGGCUAUUUGUUUUAACAAUCAUUGAGCUAACUACAAAAGAAAUAACCUACUCCAGUCUCUCUUCGCUUUCCCAUUGAUCCUGUGCUUCAGUAUUCUGCACCCUCACUGCAGUGGAACUAGCUUCAUUCCAGACAACUGGUGUCUGGUAUUUGCUGUGGCCAAACACCUUUCCCCUUUGCUUUGUCUCUACAUACACACAGGUACACACACACAUGCACUUACUCACACACACACACAGUCUUGCGCAGCUAACCUUGUGGGGACAUACAAUUCAGUCCCAUUCGAAAUCCUAUUUCCCUAACCCCUAACCCCAAACCUAACCCUAACCCUAACCCAUACCCGUACUCUUACCCUAACCCUAACCCUAACCUUAAACCAAAAACCUAACCUUAACCCUAACCGUAGCUCCUAACCCUAACCCUAAAGCUAAACCUAUCUCCUAACCCUAAACCCUAGAGUGAGACACACAGAGAAAAACACACAUGCUAACACUGUGACACACACACAAUCACAUUAAAUCACUGGCAGAACACCAUUAAGGUAAUGAAAUGAGGUGAACGCAGCAGAUAUCUUUUAAUUGAACAGCUGAAGACUAUAAUGGAAAUGCUGCUUGUAAUGGGAGAGAACACUAUCAACGAGAAUCAUGCUGUAUGAAAAUGUGUGAAUUUAAUUCCAGUAGUUGGUUCAUUUCUGCAAUCAUACAUUUGAUUGGCUCUGAAGCUCGCUAUCUCAAGGUGCCUGAACUUGAUUUAUGGAAGAAUAAUGAGAGGGAGGCUUUAAAUUGUCUUCAUGUUAUCUCCUCGGCUACACAGGCCGCUACCAAAACAACCUAUUCAGUAUAUAAACCAAUUGGGCUUUAAAAUAAAUGUCCUGUGUGCCCACAUGAAAAAAUACUAUAGUGUAUACUAUGGUAGGAAUACUAUAUUUUUGCAGAUUUUACUGUAGUAUUUACUGUAGUAUACUGUAGUAUUUACAGUUUACUAUAGUAUAAAUACUGUAGUAAAAAAAAAAAGGUACAUACUAUAGUAAUUAGUGUAGUGUUUUUGGGAACUGUAGUAUACUGUAGUAUUUACUGUAGUGUUUUUGCGGACUGUAGCAAACUGUAGUAUACUGUAGUAUUUACUGUAGUGUUUUUGCGGACUGUAGCGGACUGUACAGUCGUGGUCAAAAGUUUUGAGAAUGACACAAAUACUAAUUUUCACAGUCUGCUGCCUCCGUUUUGAUGAUGGCAAUUUGCAUAUACUCCAGAAUUACAUGAAGAGUGAUCAGAUGAAUUGCAAUUAAUUGCAAAGUCCCUCUUUGCCAUGUAAAUUGAUUUAAUCCCAAAAAAACAUUUCCACUGCAUUUCAGCCCUGCCACAAAAGGACCAGCUGCCAUCAUGUCAGUGAUUCUCUCGUUAACACAGGUGAGAGUGUUGACGAGGACAAGGCUGGAGAUCACUCUGUCAUGCUGAUUGAGUUAGAAUAACAGACUGGAAGCUUUAAAAGGAGGGUGGUGCUUGAAAUCAUUGUUCUUCCUCUGUUAACCAUGGUUACCUGCAAGGAAACACAUGCCGUCAUCAUUGCUUUGCACAAAAAGGGCUUCACAGGCAAGGAUAUUGCUGCUAGUAAGAUUGCACCUAAAUCAACCAUUUAUCGGAUCAUCAAGAACUUCAAGGAGAGAGGUUCAAUUGUUGUGAAGAAGGCGUCAGGGCGCCCAAGAAAGUCCAGCAAGCACCAGGACUGUCUCCUAAAGUUGAUUCAGCUGCAGGAUCGGGGCACCACCAGUGCAGAGCUUGCUCAGGAAUAGCAGCAGGCAGGUGUGAGUGCAUCUGCACGCACAGUGAGGUGAAGACUUUUGGAGGAUGGCCUGGUGUCAAGAAGGGCAGCAAAGAAGCCACUUCUCUCCAGAAAAAACAUCAGGGACAGACUGAUAUUCUGCAAAAGGUACAGGGAUUGGACUGCUGAGGACUAGGGUAAAGUCAUUUUCUCUGAGGAAUCCCCUUUCUGAUUGUUUGGGGCAUCCGGAAAAAAGCUUGUCCGGAGAAGACAAGGUGUGCGCUACCAUCAGUCCUUUGUCAUGCCAACAGUAAAGCAUCCUGAGACCAUUCAUGUGUGGGGUUGCUUCUCAGCCAAGGGAGUGGGCUCACUCACAAUUUUGCCUAAGAACACAGCCAUGAAUAAAGAAUUGUACAACUUCUCCCAACCAUCCAAGAACAGUUUGGUGACGACCAAUGCCUUUUCCAGCAUGAUGGAGCACCUUGCCAUAAGGGAAAAGUGAUAACUAAGUGGCUCGGGGAACAAAACAUCAACAUUUUGGGUCCAUGGCCAGGAAACUCCCCAGACCUUAAUCCCAUUGAGAGCUUGUGGUCGAUCCUCAAGAGGUGGGUGGACAAACAAAAACCCACAAAUUCUCCAAGCAUUGAUUAUGCAAGAAUGGGCUGCCAUCAGUCAGGAUGUGGCCCAGAAGUUAAUUGACAGCAUGCCAGGGCGGAUUGCAGAGGUCUUGAAAAAUAAGGGUCAACACUGCAAAUAUUGACUCUUUGCAUAAACUUAAUGUAAUUGUCAAUAAAAGCCUUUGACACUUAUGGAAUGCUUGUAAUUAUACUUCAGUAUACCAUAGUAACAUCUGACAAAAAUAUCUCAUAACACUGAAGCAGCUAACUUUGUGAAGACCAAUACUUGUGUCAUUCUCAAAACUUUUGACCACGACUGUAGUAUACUUUUGUAUUUACUGUUGUGUUUUUGGGGACAUUACUGUAGUAUUUACUAGUGUUUUUGUUUUAUUAUCUUUUUCCAUAACCUGUAGGUAGGUAGGACUGGGUUCUGAAUGGAGAGUUCAGAGCUUCUGCUCUUUUCUAUAACCUGUAGGGAACACAAUAUAUGGUCUAUACUUGGCAUGUAGGUUUCAGUUUUAACCUGUUUAUCUUCAACAGCAAGCCUUGACCUCCGUCUUGUAUUGUUUGUCUCCCCUCAGGACGUUCCCCAAGCCCCCACGGAAGGCCAAGGCCCAAGAGCUGAAGGGCAGGAGGGUGUUUGGUGUACCCCUCCUCCACAGUGUGCAGCAGACAGGGGAACCUCUACCCCCCAGCAUCCUCAAGGCCAUAUUCUAUCUGAGGACAGAGUGUCUCGAUCAGGUACUGGACUCACUUUAACCUCCUGUACCACCAGUAGAUGUACAUUAUGGCUACCACUGGCUACCACUACGCUGGCCACCAGCUCUGCACCCUCCGCUGCAACUUGCCCAUGCCCCCCCCACUUCUCCUUCACACAAAUCCAGACAGCUGAUGUUCUGAAAGAGCUGCAAAAUCUGGACCCCUACAAAUCAUCUGGGCUAGACAAUCUGGACCCUUUCUUUCUAAAACUAGCCGCCGAAAUUGUCGCAACCCCUAUUACUAGCCUGUUCAACCUCUCUUUCGUAACGUCUGAGAUCCCCAGAGAUUGGAAAGCUGCCGCGGUCAUCCCCCUCUUCAAAGAUCCAAACUGUUACAGACCCAUAUCCAUCCUGCCCUGCCUUUCAAAAGUUUUUGAAAGCCAAGUCAACAAACAGAUCACCGACCAUUUCGAAUCCCACCGUACCUUCUCCGCUAUGCAAUCCGGUUUCCGAGCUGGUCAUGGGUGCACUUCAGCCACGCUCAAGGUCCUAAACGAUAUUAUAACCGCGAUCGAUAAUAGACAGUACUGUGCAGCCGUUUUCAUUGACCUGGCCAAGGCUUUCGACUCUGUCAACCACCGCAUUCUUAUUGGCAGACUAAAUAGCCUUGGUUUCUCAAAUGACUGCCUCGCCUGGUUCACCAACUACUUCUCAGAUAGAGUUCAAUGUGUCAAAUCGGAGGGCCUGUUGUCUGGACCUAUGGCAGUCUCUAUGGGGGUGCCACAGGGUUCAAUUCUUGGGCCGACUCUUUUCUCUGUGUAUAUCAAUGACGUCGCUCUUGCUGCUGGUGACUCUCAGAUCCACCUCUACGCAGACGACACCAUUUUGUAUACAUCUGGCCCUUCAUUGGACACUGUGUUAACAAACCUCCAAACGAGCUUCAAUGCCAUACAACACUCCUUCAGUAGCCUCCAACUGCUCUUAAACACUAGUAAAACUAAAUGCAUGCUCUUCAACCGAACGCUGCUUGCACCCGCCCACCCGACUAGAAUCACUACUCUCGACGGGUCUGACCUAGAGUAUGUGGACAACUACAAAUAUCUAGGUGUCUGGUUAGACUGUAAACUCUCCUUCCAGACUCACAUUAAGAAUCUCCAAUCCAAAGUUAAAUCUAGAAUCGGUUUCCUAUUUCGCAACAAAGCCUCCUUCACUCAUGCUGCCAAACAUGCCCUCGUAAAACUGACUAUCCUACCGAUCCUUGACUUCGGCGAUGUCAUUUACAAAAUAGCCUCCAACACUCUACUCAGCAAAUUGGAUGUAGUCUAUCACAGUGCCAUCCGUUUUGUCUCCAAAGCCCCAUAUAAUACCCACCACUGUGACCUGUACGCUCUUGUUGGCUGGUCCUCACUACAUAUUCGUCGCCAAACCCACUGGCUCCAGGCCAUCUAUAAAUCACUGCUAGGCAAAUCCCCGCCUUAUCUUAGCUCAUUGGUCACCAUAGCAACACCCACCCGUAGUCUGCGCUCCAGCAGGUAUAUCUCACUGGUCAUCCCCAAAGCCAACACCUCCUUUGGCCGCAAUUCCUUCCAGUUCUCUGCUGCCAAUGACUGGAACAAAUUGCAAAAAUCUCUGAAGCUGGAGACACUUAUCUCCCUCACUAACUUUAAGCAUCAGUUGUCAGAGCACCUUACCGUUCACUGCACCUGUACACAGCCCAUCUGAAAUUAGCCCGCCCAACUACCUCAUCCCUAUAUUGUUAUUUAUUUUGCUCAUUUGUACCCCAGUAUCUCUAUUUGCACAUCAUCUCUUGCACAUCUAUCAUUCCAGUGUUAAUACUAAUUGUAAUUAUUUUGCACUAUAGCCUAUUUAUUGCCUUACCUCCAUAACUUGCUACAUUUGCACACACUGUAUAUAUAUGUAUUUCUGUUGUAUUUUUGACUUUGUUUUGUUUUACCCCAUAUGUAACUCUGUGUUGUUGUUUUUUAUCGCACUGCUUUGCUUUAUCUUGGCCAGGUUGCAGUUGUAAAUGAGAACUUGUUCUCAACUGGUUUACCUGGUUAAAUAAAGGUGAAAUAAAAAAAUUAAUAAAAAUUAUUCAAGAAAUAGUUAGGGUCAGGCUUUAAAGGGACAGUUCACCCCAAUUUCUAAUUUGGUUAGAUGUUUUCAUACAUAAGAUUAUCUAAUACAACCCCCCCCCCCCCUCAGGUGGGUCUGUUCCGUAAGUCGGGGGUGAAGUCUCGUAUCCAGUACCUGCGUGACAUGGUGGAGGCGGACCCAGAUGGUGUGUCUUACCAGGGCCAAUCAGCAUUUGAUGUGGCUGAUAUGGUGAAGCAGUAUUUCAGAGAUCUACCAGAACCUGUGUUCUCCAGCAAACUCUGCGAGUCCUUCCUGCAUAUCUACCAAUGUAAGUGGACAGAAUCUGCGUAACUGACUGACUGUACUACCUAAUCAUAACGUCAAUGAUGGUUAAGUAGGCAUUGUGAGACCAGUUUUGGACAUUUUUAUAGUAUAAUCAAUCCUAUCCACCACUCCAGUCUAACAUCUCUCACCCCUUCCUCAUCCUCCACAGACUUCCCCAAAGACCAGCAGUUCUGUGCAGCCCAGGCGGCCAUCUUUCUCCUGCCAGAUGAGCACAGAGAGGCCCUGCAGACACUCCUCCUCUUCCUCCGAGAUGUGGUGGGCUGCGUGGAUGAGAACCAGAUGACCCCCACCAACAUCGCUGUGUGCCUGGCCCCCUCUCUCUUCCACCUCAACACCCUAAAGAGAGAGGGCAACACAGCCAGGUAUGGUGCACUGCCUUCUGGAAAGGAGUAAGACGUCAAGUUAUAGAUGCUGAUCUAAGAUCAGUUUGGUGGAUUUGGCCCUUAUGGUUGAAGUUAGGAUUGGGGGAGUGUAAGGAGAUCCUGGAACGGUGCAACUUCUAGACGAGAAGAGUUCUGGAGAUCUGGGUCCCACAUUGUUAAAGUUAUAUAAUUCUUACCAGCUUCCCCCUGAUGCUAGGACAGCAGAGUCCUUGCUCCAUCUUCUGAAAAACAUCUGAAAACCUACCUCUUCAAAUAGUAUUUUAAAUAAGACUUCUCAGUCCCCCCAAACCCCCCCACCCCCCCCUCAAAAAAACACUUACACUUGUAUUUUCCUACAAACACUGAUUUGCCAAUAACUUAUUUAUUUAGGAAAAAUGUACUUACUACGACUGUGAUAUGUGGUUGUCUCACCUAGCUAUCUUAAGAUGAAUGCACUAACUGUACGUCACUCUAGAUAAGAGCGUCUGCUAAAUGACUAUAAUAUAAAUGUAAAAUGUCUUACGUUGUUGCAUAAGAUUACUCCGGUGCUCUUUGCUUUGUGUUCAUCGCCACAACGGCAGGUUUUAAUUUGUCUGUUUUUGAAAUGUUGUUUUAGUUUUUCCUACUUAUGCUGCAUCCGAUUCAUGGGUUGUUUAAAUUCCCAGAGAUUACAUCAACUGUAGUAAUCUAACCAAAGCCCUAUUUCCCUGUGUGGUAAUGAAUAGCUGUCGGCUGGGUUUAGUUUAAUGGCAGAGUGAGAGAGAGAGAGAGACUUAUGUAACCCUGCCGAAUCUCCCAUCUGGCCUUAAUGUUUCUCAGAUAGAAGAGAUCUUAUAUCUGUAAUAUUAUUCAGCUGGUUACUGCAAGAGAAUGAGAAGGAGAGAGAGAGGGAGGAGGAGAAAGGGAGGGAAAGAGGGAGAGCGACAGGAAAAGGGAAAGAGAGAAAGAGGGAGGGAGAGAGAAAGAGAUGGUCCAAGUGUGAAACAGAGAGAGAUAUUUGAGAGAGAUGGUGACUCAUUUUUUAAAACACAUCAGUCUUAGAACUUUCUUUUUGACUCUGGCACUCUCAUUAGCUUCACAAGACUGGUUAUCUGUAGUUGUUGGCUCUGAAGUGAAGUGCUGUGAAGAUAGACCGCGCGCACACACACACACACGCACACGCGCACGCACACACGCGCGCACACACACACACACGCACACACGCGCACGCGCGCACACACACGCACACGCACACGCACACGCACACACACACAGCUCAGCUGCACACACUCUGCUGACAUCCUGUAUUCUGACAGCAUGUCGAGAAGUUCCACUUCACAUCAAAAAGUGGCAUUGUGGACCAAGUGAUGUCAUAUAGCACAGGCCUGAUUGUGUCCUCCUCCCCCACCUCCUCCUCCUCCUCUCGUCAUGCCAGCCUGUCCAGGGGAGCCAGUGGGCUCAACCAUUUCCCCACAGGCUGUCAGAGUAGAGCACAGAUGGAAGUCAUAACACAACACAAUACACACUCUGUAUCUCCCUUCACUGGAAACAGAGCUAUGCCUUGAAACACGUCACACAUGUCACACUGGGAACAAUGACCAGAACAAAUAAACACGGACUGUUAUGUUGUGGCAUAUUGUGCAUCUAGGAUACAGUGACGUUAGAAAAUAUUUCACUGCUUUGCUUUUUCUACAUGUUUUUCUUGGUUUGGAAGUCGAUGCUGACGUUGCUUUUUACAUAAGCAUUGAAUAACAGUCUGCUUGCAAGGAUCUCCAAAAACUGUAGGAGAGUAUAGUGUAACGGCAAAACUGUACACCCUAAAUCUUUAACUCUGAUGUAAUGACAUUUCCUGUUUCUCUGACCUAGGUCGAGCCACAGGAAGUACAGCCUGGGUAGGCCUGACCAAAGGGACCUGAGUGAGAACCUGGCCGCUACACAGGGCCUCGCCCACAUGGUGACAGAGUCCCUACGCCUCCUUCAGGUACACACUACAAUACAGUUACACUACAGCCUGUUCUUUAUUAUUUAUUUAUGUAUUUUUGUGUGAAAUUGGUCCACGGGCCGCCAUUUGCCCAUCCCUGCCGUAAACCAUUUGCAGGGGAAAUUAAAUGAAGAGGCACUCCAUCUAUGUUAUUCAUUUCAGUCAGCUCAUUGCAUUUACUUGAUAAUACAGAAUAAAAAUAUUAGAAAAUAAGAAUUUAUGAAUGCCAACAACAGGCUAUUAGUCACCAUAUCUUCGCUUGAUGCAAUAGCAUAUCGAUUGGUCAAGAAGUCAUACAGUAUAUCUUGUGACAGACGUUAACAUGCAAUGUUUGGUUCUGGGUGUCAAGAUUAAGUAAUAUGUGACCUUACGUGAAAAAGUCUAGAUAACUCUUCCUCUUUCUUUCUCUGAUCCUUCCAGCUUCCAGAGUUCUGGCCAGACCAGAGUGUGCGUAGCCCCAGUGAGGAGGCUCUCUGGGUGGAUGGGGGUCGGAGUUCGCCCUCUAAGGGUGGGGAGGAAGAGCAGGAUGAGAGGGCCAGACUGGACCAGACCACCCAGCACCUGCUGAGAGAGGCCAGGGAGAAGAGCCAAGGCUGGGAGUCCUGCUCUGGACCAGACCACGUGGACCUGGCAUUUAAGAAGGUGUGUGAUGGAAUCUGAUGGAAUUAAUAAAUGAAUGAAUGAACGACAACAAAUGAAUGGAUGAAUUAAGGAAUUAACAAAUUAAUGAAAUUGUUGUCAAAGAUGUCAAAUAACAUAUAAUAGAUACAAGUUACUGCUUGGUUACACUGACCCCCCCUAUGGUCACAUGGUUGUGAAAAGUUUUUUCUGACAGCACACCAAAACAACAACACCAAUAAAGAACACUGCAGACUAUUAAAAGGGUUAUUAUGUAUGAGUCAACAUCGAAACACCAUUGAUUGUCCAGUUAGUCAGACCAAUUAACCUUUUACUGCAGUGGACUAAAUCAGGGUCACACAGUGUUUCUUGGUGUUCUUAAAAAAAUCUACUUUGAAACGAAAGAAUACACCUCACACACAUGGUUAUGGGCACACAAAAAAAAGUCCAAUGUCAGAUAUGGAGUUGAAAUGUAUUCAAUUUUGAGUUUGCAUCCCAUUAUUACACUUGAUAUACAUCACAGAAGACUGAAAUAUAACAAAACCGUUUGACAUAGAAACACCAGAUUUUCAGUGUUUAAAAAAGAUUAAUGUUUAGUAAUUAUGAAAUUAUGAAAAAUAUGAAUAACAUUACACCCAUGAGGCCACUAGAGGGCGAUUUGGUCAUUUGACUGCAGGAAAGGGUUUUAAGCACACUGAGUAUUUGAGCUAAGAUAUGUGUAUAGUAAAAGGAGUUAUUGAAGUUCAUAAUCAGGUUCUCACAAUGGGUCUCACCCACUCUCCCUCUCCUUCCCCUCCCUCUCCAUACCAGGUGGAUGACGGCUGGCCGCUGCGGUUGUGGAAGGGCUCCAUUGAGGUGGAUGCCCCCCAGAAAGAGGCCCUCCAGCGGGUCCUGAGGGAGCAGGGUCUCUGGGAGAAGACCCUCAAACAGUCUGCAGUAGUCCAGACCCUGACCAAGGACACUGAGGUCUACCGCUACCUCCUGCAGGGCCUGGGACCCCGAUCGCCACAGGAGCACCUCCUGCUGAGGUAAUGAGGCGUUACCAGGCCAAUACUGCACAGCGCUGCACGAUGCUGCAUGGGUCUUUAGGCAGGCUGCUGACUCUGUUGAGUAGAAGGGACAGAUGAGUCAGGGACAAACAGAGUUCAGCUUGGACUUGAACACUCUGGCUAAAGUUGUUUUGACAUGGUGCUUGUUGCUGUACUAUUGCUACAUGUUGGCAUCACAGUGAAUGAUGAAAGAGCUAGUUUAUACUAAUCAUGUUACAUUAAAGUGUCAAAGUCAAAGGAUUGUUGACCGUUUACUCAAACAUCUAAUCAAAUGUUGGCUGAAUAUCUGAGGGUCUAUUUCUCACGGAGCUCAAUUCUGAAAGUCUGUUUUUAAAUUAACCAGAAGAAUCUCCUAUCAUUUUCUCAUGCAGGACCUGGCAGUCAGACCCAUCGGCUGGUCCUGUUUAUGUGUCUGCUGUGUCUACAGAGCACCCUGAGGCCCCCAUGGAGGGGGUGAGAGCCCAGGUCCUCUCUUGUCUCUACCUGGUAGAACCCCUAGGGGCCAAGAGGUCCCGACUCACACACCUCUGUCGCACAGAUACCAGGUAGGCAAGACCGAGGGAGAAUGUGAACGAUUUGAGAGAAUGCACAGUCUUUAAAAAAUAUAUCCAGAGACACGCUUAUUCUUUACCUUCUGUAAUGAGGUAUUCUCUGCUUUUGACUGCAGCAGUAUCUCAAGUGCAAUCACCGCCUCUCAAAAGAGACACACUUAAAUAGAGAAGGAAAAUAAUGAAUAGAAAGAAAAGCACCCCUUGUGCACACAUUAGCUCUCUUCAAAGUUCCCUAUAGAUUUUCUGCUUCUUACAUGAACAAUUUAUUCCCUGCAUGGUUCUGCUGGGUUGUUCUGUAGACCACCGCUGUUUCCAUUUGUUUCGGCUGAUUUAAUUAAACAAGCCAUGCAAUGGAAAACAGGUGUCUAGAAGCACACAGAGAGAGAGAGAAGGGGGAGGAGAGGGAGAUAGAAAAGUGUGAAAAGUGUGAAAGGGAAUGAGGGGGAUGUAGAGAGGGAGAGAGUGUUCUCCCCCUGCAUUAUACAUGUUAGCUAUUGUGCUGCUCCAAUGGACCAUCAUCAGUAGAAGUAGUUGACUACUCACUUAGGGCCCGAUUCCGAUUUAGGAAUUUUCGCCUUUCCUACGCACACGUUUCCUAUACACUUCUGAGUAUUUGGUAUUCAGACUUACCUUAUUCAGUCGCGUAACGGGCUUUGCAGGUGUGGUUCCCUUGCGCACGCUGAAUAAAUGUAAUUCAACCACUGAAAACCCUCACACUUGCUAGCCAACAGAUUUUCUAGUGGAGUUUUCAUUCAAUGGGGUUUUCAGUACAUUUAUCUUAAGCCAUCCCUUUAAAUACGGUGUACAUUUAAUUAGAAUUUGAGAGAACGGUUUCAGAAAAUAGGGAUCAAUGAAAGAAAGCCAUCUAAAUACAGUAUAUGCAUACUCGUCUUCCAUUUCAACACCAACUCCUCUUUUCAGUUCGCUGCAGCUAGCGACUGGAAUGAGCUGCAAAAAACACUCAAACUGGACAGAUUUAUCUCCAUCUCUUCAUUCAAAGACUCAAUCAUGGACACUCUUACUGACAGUUGUGGCUACUUCGCGUGAUGUAUUGUUGUCUCUACCUUCUUGCCCUUUGUGCUGUUGUCUGUGCCCAAUAAUGUUUUUACCAUGUUAUGCUGCUACCAUGUUGUGCUGCUGCUAUGUUGUGCUGCUGCUAUGUUGUGCUGCUGCUAUGUUGUGUUGCUACCAUGAUGUUGUCAUAUCGUGUUGCUACCAUGCUUUGUUGUCAUGUGUUGCUGCCAUGCUAUGUUGUUGUUUUAGGUCUCUCUUUGUGUAGUGUUGUGGUGUCUCUCUUGUCGUGAUGUAUGUUUUGUCCUAUAUUUUAAUGUAUUUAUUUUUAUCCCAGCCACCGUCCCCACAGGAGCCCUUUUGGUAGGCCGUCAUUGUAAAUAAGAAUUUGUUCUUAACUGACUUGCCUAGUUAAAUAAAGGUAAAAUAAAAUAAAUAAAUAAAACUGGUAGAUAAAAAAAUAAUCUGAUUUUGUAGAUUAUUGAGGCACAUUUUAGGGUUAGGAAAGACUGUAUGAAUCAUUAAAAAAAACAGGUUUGGAGAGCUUUUACACACAAAAUAUAUUGAUUAAACAAAAAUACAGUGGUUUGAUUCAUUCAGAAAAUUGCCACAUUCAGCUCUUUAACACAUGGUAAUGUUGGUAGUAGAUUAGUGUACAUAGAAUUAUAAUACAAUUAAGUAUUAAGGGUGGCAGGUAGUUUAGUGGUUAAGAGCGUUGGGCCAGUAACCGAAAGGUUGCUGGUUCUAAUCCCAGACUAGGUGAAAAAUCUGUCGAUGUGCCCUUGAGCAAGGCACUUAACCCUAAUUGCUCCUGUAAGUCGCUCUGGAUAAGAAUGACUAAAAUGUAAUGUACAAUAGUACUGUGGGUUAUACCCUCAUCUAUUGCCUGCACUAACCAUAGAACUGUGUAAUGACAGAGCCAAGUAUUGCGCCAUGCGUCAGGUUCAAACUUACUGUUUGGUCUGUGCUCCGCUCCAUAACGAUUUUAAUUAAUUUUUAUAUUAUCAACUGGUACUAAUGAUACUCAGCAACAACCACACGGCCGUGAUGGUGUUUACAGAGGAAGCAAAUGAAGGUAAACUAAACAAUGUAAUUAAAUAGAAUGAUAAGGGCUCCCGAGUGGCGCAGCGGUCUAAGGCACUGCAUCUCAGCGCUUGAGGCGUCAUUACAGACCCCUGGUUCGAUUCCAGGCUGUAUCACAUCUGGCUGUGAUUGAGAGUCCCGUAGGGCGGCGCACAAUUGGCCCAGCAUCGUCCGGGUUUGGCAGGUGUAGGCCGUCAUUGUAAAUAAGAAUUCGUUCUUAACUGACUUGUCAAGGUAAAAAAUUAAAAUAAAAAAAUGAUGUAGGCUAUACCAACUGAGGGGAACUAACAGUAAAUUGCCAGUUGAAUAUGUGUGGUUAUUAGGCCUACUGACAGUAGAUACUGUAGGGUGGCAGGUAGCUUAGUGGUUAAGAGCGUUGUGCCAGUAGCUGAAAGGUCGCUGGUUCUAAUCCCUUAGCCUAAUAGGUGAAACAUCUGUCGAUGUGCCCUUGAACAAUGCACGUAACCCUAAUUGCUCUGGAUAAGAGCGUCUGCUAAAUUACUAAAAAUGUAAAAAAUAUUGGCUCAUUUUUAACAUGAUAGAAAUAGGAAACAAUGAAAGUCGGGGUAGCAUAUAAUUAAGACGUUCGAGAGUGCCCAUCCCUGCAAGUUAAAAGGCUGUACAAUUUAAAUUCUGCAUAAUGGCACAGUAUUUCAUAAACUUUACUGUUGGAAAGUUGAUAUGCUUCAGUUUGCUGCCAUAUGACUGGUUUCACAUUUGUCUCCAGCGAUUAUAAGGUAAAAUAUAUCUAAAACAAGAGUUAUUUAUAUUUACAAUGCCCUUAUACAAAUGGAUUACUAAUUUACCUACUAUAGCUCUUAUCAAUAGCUCGUAUUAAGUUCUAAAUUAUAGUGCAUGGAGAAUGGUGUUAUUUCUAUCGGGAAAAAGUAGAUACUUUAUCCACUUGGAAUCGGUUGGUUCGCUAGACCUUAUUCAUGGUUUCCUCUCGCGUAAAAUUGGUGGAAUUAUUAGGCAAUAAAGUCAAGGUCAGAAUACGGUGUAUCUGUAGACACACCUCCACCACGCCUUCAUUUAUCCAAUCUCCAUCCAAAACGAAUAGCAGGUGAAUAGCACACUAUUCUCAUGCUUAAAUUCAAGGUCAGAAUACGCAUAGAGAGAGAAGUGCAUAAAAGGAAAUUACGUUCAAUUUACGUGUGCUUAAUUCGGGUCAGAAUCGGGGCCUUAGCCACACUCAUCACACUAGUUUCAAUAAGGCAGCAUAGAGAUUUGAACGAGACGGUUUGCCAACAAGACAGAUUCACACGAUUAUGAUGAUUAUCUCUGCAGGGUUUUCUCACUUCAUUACAUCAGAACUGAGCGGUAACGGAGAUAACAUUUCUGCCUCAUUCUACUCUCUUUAAAUACUCAUAGAAAAGAGCUUGGCGGGCCUAACGUAUGGGCUUAUUUGCAGUGCCAGUGGCAUUAGGUUUUGAGUGCUCAUUUUCUUAUCAUCGAUAAUAAACUCACAGUUCUUUGGUCUGCUGAGCUUAAUAGCGAAAGCCAAUGAGACUGAUAUCGAGGAAACUGAAAGUGAAAUGGUCUUAGUCAGUGUAUCUCAUACACCAAGGUUUGGUUGCGUUCCAGGCAGACUAUAUUGCAAUCAUGCUACAUCCCACUGGGCACAGAUGUCAUUGAAAUGACGUGGAAACAAAGUUGAUUCAACCACUGUGUGCCCAGUGGGAUACAGCAACCCAUGGUUGUUCAUCACGUCAUUUACUUUGCAGUCACGCAUCCGAUUGCUAUAUAGUAUGAUGUGGUUAGGUCUGGCAGGCAACUGCAAUGUAGUCUGCCUGAAAUGCAGCCUUUGUGUCUCUCUGACUGUGUUUCAUCUGAACCCUGGUGACACUUCCUGUGUACUAACUUCCUGUUACUGUGUGUGAUUUCCAGGGGCCGAUCCAAGGAAUGGCACAACAGAGUGAGUGGACACCUACUGGCCUCCAACCUUCUGUCCAUCAGGGACUCAUUCAGACCUGACCACAGAGAGACCAAGAUCUAAGUCAUAGCUCCGAGACAGAACCCAGGCCUCAUCUACCCCGAGAGGAGGACAGAUGAGGAGAGAACACAAACAGACAAACAGACAGAGACACAAGCCUCCAGGCAUACAGCUGUAGCAGAGAGGACUGGAGGAGGGGGUGAAGGCAGGAGGGGGAGCUGAGAAGUUGUCUUAAACCCAAGACCUGAUGUGAAUUCCAGAAACCUCCUUUUUUAAUAUGGAGACAAUUGCACCUCCGGACUCGCACCAGGGGUCGUCUGAUGAAGUGUUCAGGCGGAGGCGGCAGAGCUUUGCAUUAUCAAGAAUGACGCGGGAGCCUGUCACCAUGAUGAAACGUCUCAUCCCAUUUGACUGACUGUUUCAGGCGUAAUGCAUGGCAGGGGGGCCUCCGGCGGAGCACUGCCAGACGCCACAGGUUUUAAGAGUUAAAAACAGGGCCUGUGUAACAGUUCAAAUAUACCAAGAGCAAAUCUACCUCUUUGGAGAGAAAAGCCUCGGUUGCAUCACACUUUGAAGCGGGACAAAGUUAAGGAUUCAGGAAAGCCUUGUCUUGCAGUUGGGAAUUGGGAAGAUUCUCUUGUACAUUUGUGCCAUUGUGGCGGAUAUUCUGUGAGGCACGUUGCUGUCCUCAAAAUUGUACUCUGUAUUUAUUAUUUUACUGUCAAAAGCAUUGUCUAAUUACUUAAUUUUAGUUGUAUGUGUGUAUUUGACUUGACACAAGUGUUUCUCUGGUAAUGUUGUAAACUUGUAUCACAGUAUACUCACUAAAAGGGUCAGUUACACUAUGUUUAUAGAUGUACAUAUUCAUAAAUGUGUGGUUUAUCUAAUUACAUUUGAUUAUUAAGUGCCUUUUAUUAUUCCUCAAAAUUAUUUAACAAAAUAUUUGUAUUCAGAAAUAUUCAAAUAGAUUUACUUAAAUAUUGGUUUUCAAGCUUUAGGAAAACUGCAGCAUACCAUUUUUGUAAUAUGUGUGUGGAAUCAAAAUGACAACUGAUUAAAAUGUUGAUUUCUCUAGU